CCCUUCUUCCCCUUCCUCACCGUGCACCCGCCCGCGCCCCGCGCCAAGCCGCCCGACUCCACCGGCCUGGUGUCCACCUGCGUGCUGUGCUACCACGACCUGCUGGAGCAGUGGGCCCGGCACGAGGGCCCGGCCGACCGGCCCGCCAGCAGCCCCUGGGCGCGGCAGUACAGCUGCGACUCCUUCGUCUGCUUCUUCUGCCGGCAGGAGAAGAGGCGCUGCCUGGGCCUGAAGGCGGUGCACGUGGCCCGGCUGCCCGUCUUCCUGUACGCGCCGCGCGUCUCCCACACCCUGGUGGUGGACGACGGGGAGAAGCUCACCAUCGCGUCCUGCGUGGAGUGUAAGGCCAUGGUGCUGGCGGGCCAGAACAUGAAGCAGAGCCACCUGCGGGACGGCGAGCAGAACCACCUGCGGGACGGCCAGCCUUCCCCAGGCCGGCACAAGAGCUCCUCGUCGUUGGCGGAGGCGGCGGCCGGCUGCAGUCAGGCCGUGGAGGCGGGUCUGCCCAGCGGAGCGUCCGGAGAGCCCGGCGAAGAGGCAGGCCCAGCGCGGGAGCCUGGAGCCCGAGUCUCCCCCACCCUGCCCUCCGCCCCGGAGACGGACAGCGGGGGUCCCCCACCUUCCAGCAUGAGCCAUGAGCCGAAGUCUCCUUCCCUAGGCAUGAUCUCCACGGCCAGUCGGACCACCGCCACGGUCAGCCCCCUGACCCCGUCUCCGCUCAACGGCUCCAUCGUGGCCAAUGGGAGCCCGGGGGCCGGCAGCAACCUCCCCGUCCAAUCAGCUCACUCCGGCUUCGCAGCCGCGCUCCGCAAGCUCGCCAAACAGGCCGAGGAGCCGCGAGGCUCUUCCAUAAGCAGUGAGUCCUCACCGGUCUCGUCCCCAGCCACCAAUCACAGCUCACCCGUCAGCACGCCCAAGCGGGGGCCCAUGGGCCCCAUCAUCGUGCCUCCAGGAGGGGGCCACAGUGUGCCAAGCACCCCGCCCGUGGUCACCAUCGCGCCCACCAAGACCGUCAACGGGAUGUGGAGGAGCGACAGCCGCCAGGCGGAGUCGGGCCCUCGAGGGGCCGGCCGGGACCGUCUGGGCGCCGAGCCCCCCCUGCCACAGGAGAAGGGGGGCCCCCCUGUGCCCGCACACCUCAUCGGGAACCCCUACGCCUUCGGCCUCACCCCCACCGCCGUGAUGCAGGAGUCCCGAUUCCCGCCAAUCAACGAUUCAGUAUUGUUCAUGAAAGACCUCCUGCGACGGGGAGGUUGGAGACCGGGUGUCCUGGGGUGCGAGAGCUCCCAGAAUGCAACGCGUUUGGCGCGGGUGUCAGCGCGUGACCGCACUCUCCCCCGCAGCCUGCAGAGACAGAUGGCGCACGUGGUGCCCCCUGGUGGCGUGCCGGAGGAGUACCUGCGCAGCUUCCGACCCUACGCCACGGCCGAGGACCUGCGCAUGCCCUCCCUGCCCCUGGGCCUGGACCCCGCCGCUGCUGCUGCCGCCUACUACCACUCCGGAUACCUGCCCCACCCCUCCUUCCCCGCCUACAGGAUGGACGACUCGUUCUGCCUCUCUGCCCUGCGCUCGCCCUUCUACCCCCUCCCCACGGCGGGGGGGCUGCCCCCCCUGCACCCGUCCGCUGUGCACAUGCACCUGCCCAGCGUCCGUUACCCUGGAGACCUGAGUCACUCCUCCCUGUCUGCACUGCAUUCUGACCGUCUCUCUGAGAGGAUUCAGAUGGAGGACGAACUCCGCCAGCGAGAGAGGGAACGCGAGAGAGAGCGGGAGCGGGAGCGAGAGAGGGAGAAAGAGAGGGAGCGCGAGGCGGAGAGAGAGAAGGAGCGAGAGAGGGAGCGAGAGCGGGAGAGGGAGAGAGAGAAGGAGCUGGAGCGGGAGAGAGAGAGGGAGCGGGAGAAGGAGAGAGAGAGGGAGAGAGAAGCGGAGCGGCAGAAGGAGAGGGCGCGGGAGAAGGAGCUCCAGGCCUCCAAGGCCAUGGAGAGCCACUACCUGGCCGAGCUGCAGGCCCUGAGAGGGCAGGCUGAGGACCGGGGCAAGCCUGGGGAGAGACUGACCCCCAACAGGCCGGACAAGACCAAAGAGCCCCCCCUGGCGGCGCCGAAGCCCCUCCAGCCGGGGCUGCACCUGAACGCGGCUCACCACGGCGUGCCGGGCCUGAUCUCGGCGCACGGGGCCUUCCUGGGGCCCGGCGUGCCCGGCCCGCUGGCCGCCGCCAUGAUGCUGCAGCGCACCAACGAGGAAGAGCGCUGGCUGGCGCGCCAGAGGAAGCUGCGGCAGGAGAAGGAGGACCGGCAGUACCAGGUGUCCGAGUUCCGCCAGCAGGUCCUGGAGCAGCACCUGGAGCUGGGCCGGCCCGGGGAGCCCGGCGACCCGCGAGCGGAGGCGCUCAGGCUGAUGUCGAACCACCACGAGUCGGGUGGGCGGGACCUCAUCCCGCACCUGGGCGCCCCGCCCCCCCUCAUCUCCCCCAAGCCCCCGCACCGGGAGCACCUCCCGCCCCCGCCCACCACCCUGUGGAACCCCGCCUCCCUCCUCGACACCUCCGGCGACGCGCGGGGCCGCCACGACCACGCCCCGGGGCCGGCCCACUUCGACCUGAGCCGGCCGGGCCGGCACUACCCGCCCGACAAGAUGGAGGACGGCGGCAAGAGGAAGGACGGCCCCGAGAGGUACCCCGCGCUGCGGCCCUCCGGCUUCCUGGAGCCCGGCACCUUCCUGGCCGAGCUGGAGAAGUCGACGCAGAGCAUCCUCAGCCAGCAGAGGGCCUCGCUGUCCCUGCCCAGCCAGUACGGGGACCUGGGCGGGGCCCACAAGGUCACGCUGCCCUACAGGGGCCUCUCGGCGGGGCCCGUCCGCGCGGGGCCCGACCCCGCCCUGGUGUACGACGAGUUCCUGCAGCAGCACCGCCGCCUCGUCAGCAAGCUGGACCUGGAGGAGAAGAGGAGGAGAGAGGCGCGCGAGAAGGGUUACUACUACGACCUGGACGACUCGUACGAUGAGAGCGAUGAGGAGGAGGUGCGGGCGCACCUGAGGCGCGUGGCCGAGCAGCCCCCCCUCAAACUGGACCACUCCUCAGAGAAGGUGGACUUCCUGCGUGUGUUUGGGCUGACCACGCGCGCCCAGCGGGACGAGCUGCUCCUGCAGAAGAGGAGGAAGAGGAGGAGGAUGAUGAGGGAGCGGAGCCCCUCCCCCCCGGCCGUGCAGAGCAAGCGGCAGACCCCGCCCCCGCCCCCGCUCAGCACGCGCUACACGCCCGAGCAGAUGAACAGCGCCCCUGAGCUGGAGGACAAGAAGAGGUUCCUCACCAUGUUCAGCCUGUCGCAUGUGGACCUGCAGCAGAGGAGAGACCAUGAGAAGGUGGUGGGGCUGCUCCAGGCCAUCAAGCAGAAGAGCGUGACUCUGGACUCCAUCACACACGCCCCCCAACCCCUCUGCCAGAGCCCACCCACGCCCCCCUCGGACCCAGCGGUGGGAGCUCCAUGCGGGGAUUCGGACCGGCCCGUCACCGGACCCCCCAGCCCCGCCCCCCCCGAGCCCCCGCGCCCCCCCGAGCCCUCGGCCCGGCAGGAGCAGCCCAGGCCCCCCCCGGCAGAGCCGCAGAGACCAAAGGAGCCCCCCCCGCCGGCCUUCCACGACAAGGCCCGGCCCGGCGAGGGCCACCCCCCCAAGAGGAGCCCCAGCCUGCUGAACAGCAUGCGGCCCCCGCAGGCCCUGAAGGAGCCCCCCCACAGCCUCAACGGCCGGACGCGGCCCUGGGAGAGCUUCACCGCCGAGGAGUUCGCCCAGCAGUUCCACGAGUCCGUGCUGCAGAGCACCCAGAAGGCCCUGCAGAAGCACAAAGUCCUCUGUCUCUCUCGAGCAGGCGUUACCACGGGGAUGGCAGAGCCCAAUCACAAGCUGGACUCCUCGGUGCACUACAACAUUCCUGAGCUGCAGGGCAGCGCCAGCCGGCCUGCCCCGCCCAACGGGCAGCACGGGCCCCCCCCGCCCCACCGGGACCCCCAGCGCGACGUCCCCCCCGCCCGCAGCGAGCUGUCGGCCGAGGAGGACUCGGACGAGGAGGAGGAAGACGAGGAAGACGAGGCUCCCGCUCCCCGGUGGCACGGGAUCGAGGCCGUCUUCGAGGCCUAUCAGGAGUACAUGGACGAGCAAAGCAUCGAGCGGCAGGUGCUCCAGAGCCAGUGCAGGAGGCUGGAGGCGCACCACUUCAACCUGAGCCUGACGGCCGAGCAGCUCUCCCACAGCAUGGGGGAGCUCAUGUCCCAGAAGCAGAAGCUGGCGUCGGAGCGGGAGAAGCUCCAGGCCGAGCUCGACCACUUCAGGAAGUGCCUGGCCCUGCCCCAACUGCACUGGGCCCGCGGCUACUUCAAGGGCUACCCCCCGAGGUGACGUCCCUCCAGAGCCCCCUCUCCGCCCCCCCCUGCCCCGGCCCCGGCCCCAGCCCCUCCCUCGGCGUAGCAGACACAGAGUCUAUUUUGUUACCUGGCUUAUUUAAGAAACGGGAGAAUACGCUCGCUCGGACACACGGAAGGAAGGAAGGAAGGAGGCCAAGGCCCGCUGGGGAUGUGCCAUGCGUGGGGUGAGGUGCCGGGGGGGGGGCAGGACUGCGUGGGCAGGGCACGCUCCAGCCCCAGAGCUCAUGGACGAUUCCCGCCCCGCCAAAACCAGCCGCCCCUCCGAACCGCCACACUCCCCCGUGACAGGGCGCUGGACUCCAGGCCAAGACCACUCUAGAGCUGGGAGGAAGAGCCUGGGGAUGAGGAAGAGGAUGGUGUGACCUCCCCCUUGCCCCACAGCCGGAUCGGGGGUGUCCGGUCCGGUCCGGUCCCCGUGCUCACCUGGGCUCAGGCCUGCCGGCUUUCAACUGGAAAUGCACUUAGAAGAGAAAAAAAAAAAAAAAACAGAAACAAUAUGAACUACCUUGAGGUACUGUGUCACAAGAAACUUUUUUUUUUUUUAAUUAGGGAAGAACUUACAAAUGCACAUUUUGGAAAGAUUAAAGGAAAUGUUUUAUUAUUAAAAAAAGAAAAAAAAGAUAGAAAUUUUGAAAAUGAAAUUUAAAAAGGUGCUUCAGCCUUGGAAAUGUAUAUAAUAUUAAAAAAGAAUUUUGUAUGUUUUUAUUACUUUAAUCAUUGUUAUUAAAAAGAAAAGCCUGCCAUUUUUAAUAUGUUAAUGCUUUUGGCAACAAAAAAACCUUGCUUUUAGUGUUUGUACUGCUGCUGGUCAGGAUUUAAACAGAGUUUUGAAAAUGUUUAAAGAAAAAAAAAAAGAAACAAAAAAAAAAGGAUUGCUUUCACCUGGUGCAUGAGCUCCAUCCCCCCGUGCACUGUGGCAGCCCAGAGCCAGAGUCCCCGGAAAGACCCCCCUCCCCGUCGGCGGAGGACCCCUGAACGAGAAGCCUGGCCCAGAAUGCAGCAGCCCUCCACUGUCCACUGUGAACACCGCACCACCCUCUCCAUGCCCAAACUCCUCACUCAGGCUGUGAUUGGCUGCGCUCCCCACCAAUCCACAGCCAGGGGGGGGGGUGUGCAGACUCGUGUUAUAUUUCUUUGUGGGGAAACUGUACGGUCAUUUUCUCUGUGUGUCGGUGUGACGUAGACGUCACGGAGGGUAACCCCCCCCCCCCCCCCCCAACUGCACGGCGUGCGUGGGCGCAAUCGAAGCCGUCUCUUGGGAUUUGCGGGAUUUGCGGGAUGCCUGGAGUGCUUCAGUGUAAACUGGAGCAGCGAGUCGCGGGUAGCAGUGCAGUUCAUGUCCAGAGUUGCAGAGUCGACAUUCUUGGGACUUUGAAAGAAACUCGUUAAGAGCGGUCUGCAGACGGCACUUGGCCGGUGGUGUGGCGUGUGUCUUCAGGGUGAGCCCAGCUCCUGAAGACAGCUGCUGCCUCCCGUGGCACACAGAUCCACAUCGUUACUGGAGGUGCGGAAGGGCCACAGCGGCUCAGCCCGUCGAAGCAAUCCCUCCGACCCGACAGGGCAAGCUCUGUCACGCGCCGUUAAGAGUCCGGUUCUGACCUCUGGGCCGGGACUGUGGAGGAGGAGACCGUCUCUCCUGUCUGACACUUUACUGGUGACUCAGCAGAGAGAGUCCAGUCUGUGGUUCUGCUGCCUUAAAGGUACAGCUUGCAUUUUAAUGCUCCAAACUGACCAAUAGCUUAAUCACCCAUGCCCCAACCACACACAGACACACACAGACACACACAGACACACACAGACACACACAGACACACACAGACACACACAGACACACACAGACACACACAGACACUGCAUCUCCCAUCACACAUGGGAAUGUAAUUGUCAACAGGCCACUCCUGUUAUCUCCACAAGAAUGAUUUGUGCCAAAAUUAGCCACAAUUUUUUAAACCUUUUUUUUGUUUUGUUACAAGUAUCCAGGCUGACAAACACAUGCAUUGGGGCAAGGGUAGUGUGAAAAUGUAGGAAAAUGCAUUUAAAAUGUUCCCCCUGAAGUCUUUAUGUCAUCUCCUUUUGAAACAAAUUCUGGUCAAGUCUGCAUUUUACUGCCAAUAAUAGUCUUACAAUUGGAAAGCCAUGUAAUUCCCAAUUUCCCCACUGGGGGGCACUCUGACCAAAUACACUGUAUAUGUUUUUAGGAGUGGUUAUUUGCCAAGCUUUUCGUCCGGAAUUUAACAUAUGGAACUGGGAUAAACCAACAAAGUUAUUUUGGAAAUUAUUUGCCCUCUAAUAUAAAGCUCCUUGGAAGACAUUAAGCGCUGUGCUCUAGGCAAUUGGUGUUCUGUGGACUGUAAUCGUAAAAAAAAUUCAUUUUGAGACUAUUUAUUUAGAAAAUAUAUUUUUUUAUACUUUGAAAGCAAUUCCUUUGCAUAAGUAAGCCACUAAAUUUAUUAGUCACUCAAAAAAUAUUUUUUCUAUCCAAAUUUAUCUGGAUGGAACUGAGGCCAAGCAGAGGAGCGCGGGGGGGGGGGGGGGGGUGGCUUCUCUCUUCCACGGGCGGGACGGACUUCACCUGUCCACGUGCCACAUUCACCUGUCGAACAAUUUCACAUCACACACUUCCACCAACAGACAUGAGUACCAUGAGUGUUUGACAUGUGACACUGCUUUAACCUCAGUAGGUAGCUGCCAUUUCUGUCUUCGGUUUGAAUCGAUUCAAUCGCUAGUUUUCUUGAAAACGGCCAAGUCCUUUCCUGUUUAAAAAAAAAAAAAAAAAGAAGAAAAAAAAAAUGUCAGCCUCAUUUUGUUUUUUUUUUGUUUUUUUUUGGCCCACAUUGUUGUGCUGUGUUAAUGUCUCUGUUAUGAACCACUGUGAACACAAAUGGAGAACAUCAUACAAUGCCUUUCCUGCCCCUUCACAUUUCUUGAGUGGAGCGCUUGAUAUUUAGUAUGGUGGAAGGGCGACCCUUUUAAUAAUAGUUCAACAGAACCGGUCCUUAUUAAUACUGUUCUUGUUCAACAGAACUGGUCCUUAUUAAUGCUGUUCCAGUUCAACAGAACCGGUCCUAAUUGAUAUUGUUCCUGUUCAACAGAACUGGUCCUUAUUGAUAUUGUUCCUGUUCAACAGAACCGGUCCUUGAUACUGUUCCAGUUCAACAGAACCAGUCCCAAUUCAUACUGUUCCAGUUGAACAGAAGCGGUCAUUAUUAACACUGUUCCAGUUGAACAGAAGCGGUCCUAAUGAAUGCUGUUCCAGUUGAACAGAAGCGGUCCUAAUGAAUGCUGUUCCAGUUGAACAGAAGCGGUGGCUCUGUUGUAUCACAGGUCAGUGAAGUGGGGGACAUGUCGGCUCAAACAGGCAGGGCGGUGCGUGCAUCCAGCGCCUUCAUGACUGAGUUUAACAUUGUUCUGAAGCAUUGUUUCAGCACCACCCUCCCCCCCUCCAUCCCCCAUAGCAGCUUAUGUACUAGAGGAAGAAAGGCUCUCCCCCACCCCCACCCCCCCAUACACAAAAACACCUGUCCCCUUAUUCAAUGGAGGAUGUUUAGACGCUGUGAAAUCAUGUUUUUAAUUGUACUUGUUUGAAUUAAUUGUAAUGUAAUAUAUUCUUUGUUGAAUGUAGUAAUUAGGUAUUUAUGAAUAUAUUGCUGUAAUUUCAGACAAAAAAGAAAAUAAAAUAUGGCAAAAUGUAAA